AGCGGGAAGUGCCCUGGCCAGCAAGAGCACGGGAAGCACUGUGGGGGCUACGCUGGAGGUCACUGUCAGCCGCGAGAGCCUGCACUUGGAUCUGGUCUGGGCACUUUCCUCCCCCAAGCAGUGGGGUCCCCACAGGGGUGGCCCACGCCAUAGCCUCCAAGAUGCCCAGCAGAGCAGCCCGCUAUACUCGCUACAGCCCGAGGCAGCGGCGCCGGAGGCUGCUGGCGGAUCGCAGCGUGCGCUUCCCUAACGAUGUCCUCUUCUUGGACCACAUCCGCCAGGGUGACCUGGAGCAGGUGGGGCGCUUCAUCCGGGCUCGGAAAGUCUCACUGGACACCAUCCAUCCCUCAGGCCUGGCUGCCCUUCAUGAGGCGGUGCUCUCUGGAAACCUGGAGUGCGUGAAGCUGCUGGUCAAACACGGGGCUGACAUUCACCAGCGUGACGAGACGGGCUGGACGCCCCUGCACAUUGCCUGCAGUGACGGGUACCCCGACAUAGCCAGGUAUCUCAUUUCCCUGGGCGCAGACAGAGGAGCGGCCAACGACGCCGGCGAGCUGCCCGCGGAUCUCAUUGACCCCGACUUCAACGACUUGGUGGAGCUCUUCAAAGGGACUCAGAUGGACUGAGCCCAGCCCUGCCCUCCCUGGAGAAGUCGGAUGCCCACCUCCCCCGGGUGCCAGGGGUGCCCCGCCCACCGGGCUGGGGGGCCCCCCAGGCGGCCCAGGACCCCAUACCUGGGCGCGACCCCCGCACCCCCAGCGCUGGCCUGGCUUUUUCUCCGGGUGAAUUUUUUAUGGUGACACUUUUUACUUUUUCAAUAAACGUGAUGCCCAAGCCUG